GCGUCUCUUCUUAGUCUCCACUGAGACGCCGCACUGUGCAGUUGGUACACGCGUAUUUCGGCUCUCUGUGCAAAUUCCGAUUUAUCGUAUAUCCUUGUGAAUUCGUCUAUACACGAGUCCAACAUCGUAUCAUUCGCGAUAGAGAAAGAGCAGUGCCAACGAGCGUGUUUCCUAGAUCGGAUCGACAUCUUCGAUACGAUCUUUGGCUUUUUUUUUUGUUUUUGCUCACUCGUUUCUCGAAACUUAAAGUAAAAAAACCCGUGCAAAAUGAUGCACACUAUGAGCGAACAUACCGGUGGCACAGGAGGAUUGGGCGUCAGCGUGCUCCCAUUCGAUGGGAUGGGAUUGUUCGAGCAACAACGGCCCAGAUUCCUCUUCAAGAUGCCCAAAGUGGUGCCUAAUCAGAAGGCCAAAUUCGAGACCGAGGAGUUAUUUAGGAGACUGAGUCGGGAAAGCGAGGUGAGAUACACCGGGUACCGGGACAGACCAGUCGAGGAACGCCAAGUGCGCUUUCAAAAUGGUUGCCGGGAAGGUUAUACGGAGAUCGCGUUCGCCGCGACGGGCACCAAUCUCCAGCUGGUUUUCGGCAACGCGUCCGGAAAUUACGGCGGCGACAUAAACGAUUGCGAUUUUGAGAAGGAGCGCGGCAAGGUACACCUGAGAUCCCGGCUGAUCAUGAACGGCGUGUGCGUGAUGUGGCGCGGGUGGAUCGAUCUCGAGAGGUUGGACGGCGUCGGUUGUCUCGAGUACGACGAGAAACGCGCGGCCGAGGAGGACGCGCUGCUCCGCGACCAGCUCGAGCGUUACAACCAGCGCGUGCGCGAUUUCGACGAGAAGCAACGGGCGUACAGGAGCUCGGCCGCGCAGCCGCCACACUUGAACCACCACCACCACCACCACCACCACCACGGCCACCACGGCCACCACGUGAGCGGGGCCGCGGCGGGGACGACGGGCGCGAUCGAGGCCACCCACCUCACCCACCGCCAGGAUCCAGAGAUGGAGGUGAGGCUGAGGGCUUACUGAGGCAGCGAGAAGGCCGCCACCAACGAGACCAGUUGAGCUGUUUUUCGAUAUCUGGGAGCGACACUCCGCAUCCUCCCGACCGGAUGGAUAGAGGAUAGAGAAGGAGGAGGAGGAGGAGGAGGAGGGGCGAAGAGUCGCGGGAGAAGGAUAUUCGGACGAUUUAUUCGUUCGAACGGAUGGAUGGAUGGAUGGAUCUGUGUUUUUUUGGAGAAGAUACGAGGGAGGUGUUUGAAGAGAACAACGAUCGUUUCAUUAUUUUCUUAUAAUUGCCUUGAAUGAAUUUUUUCUUCGAAGAAAGAUAAAAAAAAGAAAUUUAAAAAUUAGGGGGGGAAGUUAGUUACACCGGGUGUAUUAUAUUUUUUUCUAAUUCGAAUUCUGUAUAAUAAUCUCGUUACUUCUUAUUCUCGGGAUACGAUACGAUAAUGUUAAUGUAAUUCUAUACAUAUAUAUAUAUAUAUAUAUAUUGAAAAAAAAAAAAAAGAAAGGAAAAUCUUAUCUAGUUCAUUUACGAAAAUAAACUGUAUCGAAAUCCUCGUGACUCCAACCGUUCCGUCCUUUUACCACCUCUCCUCCCCCCUCCCCCCUCCUCCGCCUUUCCAAACAAAGAGUUUUAUAAGGUCGAUAUCGAUCGAGCGUACGUACGAUUCGAGUGACGCUCGAUCGAUGUCAAUGCACGAUCAAUGAUCAGCGAUAGUUAGAAUUUAAGCAAUGUUAAAUAUACAUUCGUACUAACAACUGCAACGCCGAAUUUCUUAUGUACAAUUAACGAUAAUAAGGAUCGCAUCGUGUUUAGCAUUUAAGGAACGAGUUUCUUUCUUCCAUUUACGAAAUUCGUUGAAAAAUUAUUCACCGUGUUGCGUCCAAUUAUAUACCCAUUAUUCAUCGAAACGAAGCGAGCAAUCGUGUCGAGAGUUCUUUCCAUUCGAUUCUAUAUAUACAUAUAUACAUAUACACACAUAUAUAUGUAUGUAUGUAUUUCGUAUUUUUGUUUCUCUCGUUACGAAGAUAUAUCGAGUAAUAGGUGUAAGGAUAAUAUCGUUAGAUGAACGAUGUACCUCGUAAACAGUAACAAACGUAAAGGAGAAUUAGAGAGGAGAGGAUUAAUUUUACAAACUUUACGAUUGUUCCUGUCCUAAUCGCAUUCGUCAAAAGCCGUGCAACGAAUUUUUUCCCCUCGACGAAGCUUUUUUUCUUCUUUUUUUUUUCCUCCUCCCCUUAUCUGGAGAAAAGAUCGCUCUCGAGUCUUGGCUCCGAUUUUACAUAUCAGAAUCCGCGAUCGAUUCGACUCGAAACUUUCCCCUUAUUUUACCCGAUCAAACCGAUAAUUUUAUUGCCAAUAUUAGUUAAUACAGUAGAAACAUGUAGAUAUAUACGUUUAUAUAUCCGAUUAACUAAUACAUAGAGUUAUAAAAUAUUUAUUUCAUUCUUACGAUCCAUAUAUAUAUAUAUUUCCCUUCGAUUCGAGUUGAUAUUCGAGCUCGAAUUAAUCGAAUCGUUCGUUUUUUCGUCAAAUUAGAUCCAAUCAUUUCGAUUUCAUUACACGCAUUAUCCGAAAAGUUUCUCCCCCGUUUCCUUCGAUUUAGAAGAAAUUAGACGAAUAGGAAAGGGAAAAAAAAAAGAGGAGGAUCGUACGAUUCUUUUCAACGAAAAAAACGUCGACGCGAAUUGGAAUUUUCGGGAGGAGGGAUAUGGAAGAGAGAUGGGAGGGCGUGCGUCAUGUUUAACGAAAGAGGAGCAUGAUUCACAUGGGGAUUCCCCCUUCCUCCCCUCCCUUCCCCCCAGAAUUCCUCGCGAGCGAGCGACCAAGAUUUCGUUUCGUAUUCGUCGAAUAUACAUAUAUAUAUAUAUAUAUAUAUAAAUAUAUAUGCAUAAGAGCGAUGCCCGACGAUCUCUUACGUUGCAUUGUACAUAUUUGUAAAGACUUAGGUUAAUUUGUAACCAGGCGGCUUCUCCAUUCCGGAAUCGCGAACAGGGGAAAAAGUGGGAGAGAGAGAAAGAGAGAGUGAAUGAGUGAGCGAGCGAGAGAGAGAGAACGUGAGAUAACGCGCGACGAUCCUCGACGCCUCGACGAUUGUAUAAAGCUGUUCAUCGAUUAAACGUAAUUUUCCGUCGAACAA